GCAACACCAACUGCCCUGCAACACCAACGGAUUUGAACCGGGAGUUGAGUUACAAAAACUAAAUACCAAAAAACGAUGGAUUUGGUAAACCACUUGGAAGAUCGUCUUUUAUUCGCUGUACCCAAGAAGGGUCGUCUGUACCAGACAUGCUUGAACAUCUUGAAGGGUGCCGAUAUCAAGUUCCGUAGAAACCCUCGUCUUGAUAUCGCUCUUGUUCAAAACUUGCCCAUUGCUUUGGUGUUCCUUCCUGCUGCUGACAUUCCUCAAUUUGUUGGUUUGGGUCGUGUUCACAUGGGCAUUACCGGUCAAGACCAAAUUGCUGAAGCUCGUCUCCGUGUUGGUGAAAAACUCAAGGUCGAGGAGCUUCUCAACCUCAAGUUUGGCAGCUGCAAGCUUCAAGUUCAAGUCCCUGAGAAGGGUUCUAUUACCGAUGUCAAGCAAUUGGUUGGCAAGCGUAUUGUCACUUCCUUCACUCACCUUGCUCGUGACUACUUCAACAACAUUGAGAAGGAAUUGAAGGCUGAGGGCAAGGUUGCCAACGAUGUCGAGACCGACAUUACCUUUGUGAGUGGUAGUGUUGAGGCUUCUUGUGCUCUUGGUAUUGCUGACGGUAUCGUUGAUCUUGUCGAGUCUGGUGAGACCAUGCGUGCCUGUGGUUUGAUGCCUAUCGACACCGUGAUGGAGACUAGCGCUGUCGUCGUUCGUUCUGCCAACAUCGCUCCUUCUCUCAAGCCUCUUCUUGACCGUAUCGUUUCUCGUAUCAGCGGUUUCAUUGUUGCUCAAGAGUUCGUUCUUGUCAACUACAACGUUCCUGCUGAGGCCCUUGAAGAGGUCAUUAAGAUUACUCCCGGCAAGCGUACGCCUACUGUGAGCAAGUUGACCGACCCUGGCUGGCUCGCUGUUAGCAGCAUGGUCCUGAAAAAGGAUGUUGCUCGUGUCAUGGAUGAGCUUUCUCAACACAAGGCCAGCGACAUUUUGGUCUUGGAGAUUUCUAACUCCAGAGCCUAAAUGGAAUGUUAUACAGAAAGUCUUGUUGCAUGACUUAAUUGCUUCCUAUGUGUAUGUAUAUUCCGUCGUGUAAGGUCUCCACUUGCGGUUGUUUUGGGCCUACGAAAACCUGGCCUGACAUGUUCGCAGCGUGUAGUUUGGGGGAGUCCUGUUUUACCCAGACAAAACAAAAGAAUAACGUCCGCUUAUAUGUUUCACACGUUCCCGUAUUCCCCCUUCAUCCUUUAUUUCGUACGUUCUUUAGUUUUCGGACCUCUCGUGUGCUACUUAUGGAUUUUAUUUCCAAUGAAUAGAUUCUAUUUCAAUGUUUGAUAGAUGUUUUCUCCUUCGUAUUUUCGCUCAUGCAUUUCAUUAAUGAUAUACAGAACGGCAGUUGUCCUUGGACUAGCUCUUGCUUAUUGCUGUUAUUUCCUCUCAGCAUCCUCUGUAAACAAACGC